AAUGUCAAGGACCACUCGGCGCAGGCCGAAGCCACCGCUCGGGAAAAGCCGCAGAAGUUUUAUCUGUGUCUGGAGUGCGGCAAGUGUUUUAAUCAUAGCUCAACGUUAGCCAGACAUAAAAGAGACCACAGGGGGGAGAAGCCGUACAGGUGCACGGAGUGCGGGAAAAGUUACACUCGGAGCUCCAAUUUAGUGAUACACCAAAGGUCGCACACGGGGGAGAAGCCCUACGAGUGCACGGAGUGCGGCAAAAGCUUUAACUGCUGCUCAGCUCUGGUGACGCACUACAAAAGCCACACGGGCGAGCGGCCGUACUCCUGCAUCCAGUGCGGGAAGAGCUUUCGAGAUCGCUCCACUCUGGUGGUCCACCAGAGAAUCCACACGAAUGAAAGGCCCUACGUGUGCGGGGAGUGCGGCAAAAGCUUCGCCCGGGGCGUCCGUCUAGUUAAACACAAGAAAACGCACACGGGAUUCAGGUUGUACACGUGUGAGGAGUGCGGGGCGAGCUACACCAGCAACUCUAGUUUAUGCAAACACCAGAGGGUCCACAAAGGGAUAAAGUGCUACAUCUGUUCCGAUUGUGGGAAGUCAUUCACGCGCAAGUCCUAUCUCGCUAGACACCAAACCACUCACAAGAGGGAGAUUCCGUACGUCUGUCCUGACUGUGGGAAGGGUUUCACCAGAGAGUCGAGUCUGGUCGCUCAUCAGAGAACCCACGCCGGAGAUAAACCUUUUGCCUGUAUAGAUUGUGAUAAGACAUUUAGCAGCUUGGAAAGUCUGACCACGCAUGAGAUUUCGCACGCUGGGGUACGGCCCUAUAUAUGCGGGGUUUGCGGGAAAUCUUUCACGCAGAACUCGGUUCUGAAGGAACAUGAAAAAACGCACACGCAACAAGACGCUUUCACGUGUGAUCGGUGCGAAGAGAACUUCAGCGACCACGCGGCUCUCGCCGUUCACCAAAACAUACAUGCCGGUGUUAAGACUGAUCCUCUUCUGUGUUAGUUUCUCUGUGUUCCGUGGGGUAUGUGUUCUGCAGAUUUAAAGGAAGAAUAAAACCAAUUAUCGCUGUUCUUUCAUUAAACGGUGACGUUGUGUUAACGUG